AUGCAGAGAUCCUUAUUUUCGAAGCUCUUACUGGCAUCUCUCGCCCACGGAGAUGACUCCAUCACCGACGCAUACUUCUACAGGCAGUCCCCCUGGGUUGAUGCGCCUGUCGCCGUUGGGACCGGGGAUUGGACUAAUGCCUUCGACAGAGCCCGAGCCUUGGUCUCGGAGCUGACGGUUGAAGAGAAAGUCAACCUCACAGGAGGCGUCCAAGCCCGGAAUGGCUGCUCUGGAAACAUUCCAGCCAUCGAACGUCUCUGGUUUCCUGGCAUGUGCUUGACAGACAAUGGACAGGGUGUCAGAGUGACAGACUUUGGGAGUGGAUUCGCGAGUGGCAUUCAUGUUGGUGCUCGCUGGAAUAAAGAGCUUGCAUACCAACGAGGUCUUGCCAUGGGUUCUGGAUUCCACAAGAAGGGCGUCAAUGUCAUGCUCGGUCCCUGGUUGGUCCCCUAG